AUGCCCCCAGGCAUUUACUGCCCUAUGGAAUUCUGGUCCAAGGGGGAAAACCAAAACAUCCAGGUGGACUUUCUGCUGCCCACAGGCAUAUACUUAAACCUCUCUGUGUCCUGCAAUGCCAGCUUGGGCACCAUCAAGCAGGUGGUGUGGAAGCAUGCUCAGUAUGAGCCCCUCUACCAUAUGCUCAGUGACCCUGAGGCCUAUGUCUUCACCUGCAUCAACCAGACAGCAGAACAGCAAGAGCUGGAGGACGAGCAGCGGCGGCUUUGUGACAUCCAGCCCUUCCUGCCAGUGCUGCGGCUCGUGGCUCGAGAAGGAGACAGAGUCAAGAAGGUUAUUAACUCCCAGAUCAGCCUGCUCAUUGGGAAAGGUCUGCAUGAGUUUGACUCUGUCCAGGAUCCAGAGGUGAACGAUUUCCGCACCAAAAUGUGCCAGUUCUGUGAGGAGAGAGCAGCAAAGCGGCAGCAGCUCAGCUGGGCAGCUUGGAUGGAGUACAACUUUCCCUUGCAGCUGGAGCCCAUGGCCAAAGGCCUCGGGACUGGCCCUCUGCAUAUCCCCACCAAGAACAUUUUUGUCAACAUCAAGUUUCAGUCUGGCGGGGAGAGCUUCACUUUCCAGAUCUCCCCAAAGGAGUUCCCCAUCACACUGAUGAGCUAUGCUAUCAAGAAGCAGGCUACUGUCUUCCGCCAUGAGACAGUGGAGAACCCUGAGGACUACACCCUGCAGGUGAAUGGAAAAUGUGAAUAUCUCUAUGGGAACUACCCCCUGUACCAGUUCCAGUAUAUUCGCAGCUGCCUGCACCGCGGCCUCACGCCCCACCUGACCAUGGUCCAUUCCUCCACUAUCAUUGCUAUGAGAGAUGAACAAACCAACUGCAUUGCCAGCCCCCCAAAGAUGGCUGCUAAGCCUCCCCCACUCCCUAAGAAAAAGCCAAACUAUGGUUCUCUCUGGUCUUUGGAGCAGUCUUUUUACAUUGAGCUGGUGCAAGGCAGCAAGGUCAAUGCAGAUGAGAGAAUGAAGCUGGUGGUGCAGGCAGGCCUCUUCCAUGGCAAUGAAAUGCUGUGCAAGACAGUCUCAAGCUCUGAAGUGAACGUGUGCUCAGAGCCGGUGUGGAGGCAGAGGCUGGAUUUUGAUAUCAACAUCUGUGACCUUCCCCGCAUGGCGCGGCUCUGCUUCGCGCUCUACGCUGUCAUCGAGAAGGCCAAGAAGGCACGGUCCACCAAGAAGAAGUCCAAGAAAGCUGACUGUCCCAUUGCCUGGGUGAAUGUCAUGCUCUUUGACUAUAAGGACCAGCUGAAAACAGGGGAGUGCUGCUUGCACAUGUGGUCCUCCUUUCCAGAUGAGAAAGGGGAACUGCUGAACCCCAUGGGCACUGUACAGUGCAACCCCAACACAGAAAGUGCAGCAGCCUUGGUCAUCUGCUUCCCCAGCAUUGCUCCACACCCUGUGUACUACCCCUCAUUUGAGCAGCUGCUGGAGUUGGGGAGAAAUGGAGAACAACCCCGUGCUGCCCCAGAAGAUCCUGAGGAGAAGCAGCAGCUGAAGGAGAUCCUGGAGCGCAGGAGCCACACUGAGCUGUACGAGCAUGAGAAAGACCUGGUGUGGAAGAUGAGAUAUGAUAUCCGUGACCAGUACCCACAAGCUUUGGCCAAACUCCUCAUCAUUACCAAAUGGAACAAGCAUGAAGAUGUUGCCCAGAUGAUUUCCUUGCUUCAGACCUGGCCAGAGUUGCCUGUCCUGAAUGCCUUGGAGCUGCUGGAUUUUAGCUUUCCUGACCGUUACGUUGGUUCCUUUGCUAUCAACUCACUGAAGAAGCUGACAGAUCAUGAGUUGUUCCAAUACCUGCUACAGCUUGUCCAGGUGCUUAAAUAUGAAUCCUACUUAGACUGUGAAUUAACCAAGUUCCUGCUGGACAGGGCAUUAUCCAACCGCAAGAUUGGCCACUUCCUCUUCUGGCAUCUGAGGUCAGAAAUGCAUGUUCCUGCAGUUGCCUUGAGGUUUGGCCUGAUCCUGGAAGCAUACUGCAGAGGCAGCACCCACCAUAUGAAGGUUCUGAUGAAACAGGGAGAAGCACUCAACAAGAUGAAAGCUCUGAAUGACUUUGUUAAAGUGAGUUCUCAGAAGGCCACCAAGCCUCAAACCAAGGAGAUGAUGCAUGUGUGCAUGAAGCAGGAAACCUAUCUUGAAGCACUUUCCCACCUCCAGUCCCCCUUGAAUCCCAAUAUUAUCCUCGCUGAAGUCUGUGUGGACCAGUGCACCUUUAUGGACUCCAAGAUGAAACCUUUAUGGAUUGUGUUUAAUAAUGAAGAGACAGGUGGAGGUGGAGUGGGUAUUAUUUUUAAGAAUGGAGAUGAUCUCCGUCAGGACAUGCUGACUCUACAGAUGAUCCAGUUGAUGGACAUCCUAUGGAAGCAGGAAGGCCUGGACCUGAGGAUGACCCCUUAUGGCUGCCUCUCCACAGGAGACAAGACUGGACUGAUAGAGGUAGUCAUGCAUUCAGACACAAUUGCCAACAUCCAGCUGAACAAGAGCAACAUGGUGGCCACAGCAGCCUUCAACAAGGAUGCACUGCUGAACUGGCUGAAGUCCAAGAACCCAGGUGAUGCCCUGGAACAAGCUAUAGAGGAGUUCACUCUCUCCUGUGCUGGGUACUGCGUGGCCACCUACGUGCUGGGGAUCGGAGACCGGCACAGCGACAACAUCAUGAUUCGGGAGACUGGACAGCUGUUCCAUAUUGAUUUUGGUCACUUUUUGGGGAACUUCAAGACGAAAUUUGGUAUCAACAGAGAACGAGUUCCUUUCAUCUUAACCUAUGACUUCGUGCAUGUCAUCCAGCAAGGAAAAACUAACAACAAUGAGAAGUUUGAAAGAUUCAGGGGUUACUGUGAGAAGGCCUACAUGAUACUGCGGCGCCACGGUCUUCUCUUCCUGCACUUGUUUGCACUGAUGAAAGCUGCUGGCCUGCCAGAACUCAGCUGCUCUAAAGACAUUCAGUAUCUAAAGGAUUCACUAGCCCUUGGCAAAACAGAUGAAGAGGCACUGAAGCACUUCAGACUAAAGUUUAAUGAAGCCCUGCGAGAGAGCUGGAAAACCAAAGUGAACUGGCUGGCACACAACGUAUCCAAAGACAACAGACAGUAG